AUGUCUGAAAAUGACCAUCCAGAGAUGAGCUGCCCAUUGCUGAAGAUGAUCAAGCAGAGGCUGUCCAGUGAUGAUGAAAGCGGGUCAAUUGUUAACUCUUUAGAAAAACAAUUUUUAGAUACUGGAGUGAGAGAUAAAGUAAUUAGUAUUAAGAAGAAAGUACCAGUUUGCAGUAAUGAACUCAAGUGUGUAUGUAAUAGGGACUGGAUAGGUGCAGACUGCAACACUUACUUCCCUCACAAGGAUGAUGGAAACACUGGUAUCAUUCUGUCUGGCAAUGGUGUUGCUGGUACCAAUAUCAUUAUAGGGAUAAUUGCUGGCACCAUUUUAGUGCUGGCUCUCAUAUUAGGAAUAACUGCUUGGGGUUAUAAAAACUACCGAGAACAGAGACAGUUACCCCAGGGAGAUUAUGUAAAAAAGCCUGGAGAUGGUGACUCUUUUUAUAGCGACAUUCCUCCUGGAGUCAGCACAAACUCAGCAUCUAGUUCUAAGAAGAGGUCAAAUGGGCUCUCUCAUUCCUGGAGUGAAAGAAUUCCAGACACAAAACAUAUUUCAGACAUCUGUGAAAAUGGGAGACCUCGAAGUAACUCUUGGCAAGGGAACGUGGGAAGCAACAGAAAGAAAAUCAGAGGCAAAAGAUUUAGACCUCGAUCUAAUUCAACUGAGAGGGAGCCCCAAGCACCUGAGCCUGGGCACUCCCUCGCCCAGACAGUCCUAUCCCAAGGCAUAAGCCCAGGGGGCUCUGACAGCCCCCAGACAGGGAGUCUGGAUAACAGGUAUUUAAAUCCAUGGUUCAAAAGAGACUAUAAUGUAGCUAAGUGGGUAGAAGAUGUGAAUAAAAACACUGAAGGACCAUACUUUAGGACUUUAUCUCCUGCCAAGUCUCCUUCUUCGUCAACUGGGUCUAUUGCCUCCAGCAGAAAAUACCCUUACCCAAUGCCCCCACUUCCCGACGAGGAGAAGAAAGUCAAUCGACAAAGUGCCAGGCUAUGGGAGACAUCCAUUUAAGAUCAACUGUUUACACGUGACACAUCGAAACUGUUUACUUAAACUUUUAUAGAAAUCCAGCCUCAUGGAAUCACUGCAUAUCUAUCUGCUCUUCAGACAAUAUGAAGGCCCUCUGAGAUGCCACAGAGGAGAGGAAGUCGAGUCUCACAUCUGGAUACCAUUUUCUUUUUGUCACUAGCUUAGGAUCCAAGUGAACCAUGAAAAUAACUACUGCAAUGUUACACUAUAACAUGGAAUGGUAAAGGUACUGGGGGUAUGUUAAUGGAUAAUCUGCAUGACAGAUAUAUGUAGAAAUAUCAAUCAAAUUAACUCACAUGACCCAAAUGUAGCAAGUUUCCUAAGGGACAGUAGUGGAUUCAGAACAUGACAUUCUGAAGCCCAUCCUCACUGUAAACAGUAAUGCUAUAUGCAUGAAGCUUCUGUUUAUUUUUUUCCAUAUUU